GCGGUGACAUGCGUCAUCUAUGUGCGCCGGAUGUGCCCCUACAACGUGCUGAACAGAAGUUCACGUGUGAAAAUUUGUCGUCUUUUGGAACUUUACAGACAGAGGACUUGCUAUUAAAUAAAGGUUUGUCUCUGGUUCUGUAAAUAAGAGCCAUGGGUCGGAAGUUGGAUCCCACCAACAAGGUGAAAAGAGGCCCGGGUAAGAAAGCCAAGAAGCAGCAUGGAGCCGAGGUUGAGCUGGCAAAGUUUAUAACAGAUGAGGAAACGGGACCUAAACCUCUGUCAAGGAGAGCCAAGAAAAGAGCUGCAAAGAGGGAUCAAAAUGCAAAAAAGACCCAAGAUGCUGCUCAGAAACAACCAAAGAAAGGAUUCAGUGAUGAAAACAGUAAAUGGUUGAAACCGACCAAGGGGAAGCGCAAACUCCCUGAACCAGAAAGUGGAGAUGAAAGUGAGGAACUCUGGGAAGAUGAAGAUGAUGAGGAGGUGGAGGAAGAGCAGCAGCUUGUGCAGAAGAAAAGUGGAAAAGAUAAAGAAAAAAAUACAAAAAAGUUGGGAUUGGAAGAAGAAGAAGAGGAGGAGGAGGAUGAUGAAGAUGAAAUGGUUGACGAUUACGGCACUCUUGGCAGUGAAGACGAAGCAGGAGAAGACAGUGAUGGAGAUGAUCUUCUUCCAAUUGAAAAAGCUGCCAAAAAAGAGAAAAAGCUGAAAGAUUCCAUGGAUCUAGAGAGUGAUGAAGAAGAAGAUGACGAUGAAGAGGAGCAGAAGUCAGAUGCUGAUGUGGACGAGGAUGGCACGAUACAAACCAACGCAGAAGAUAUGGAUAAAUUCAGAUUGCCGACUGCAGAGGAGAGUGAAAAAGAGGGUGUUCUGUCUCUAGACCUGAAGACCGUCUACCAGAGAAUAAAGGACAACAUUGAUGUUCUUUGUAAUUUCUCCUCUAAAAGGGAAGAAGGGAAAGACCGAGUGGAGUACCUAGCGCUCCUAAGGAAGGAUCUCUGUACUUAUUACAGCUACAACGAGUUCCUGGUGGAGAAGUUAAUGGACCUCUUCCCUCUGUCAGAGUUGGUCGAUUUCCUCGAAGCGAAUGAAAUUCACAGACCGGUCACGAUUCGGACCAACACGCUGAAAGCACGGCGGCGAGACCUCGCCCAGGCUUUAAUCAACAGAGGAGUAAACCUUGAUCCACUGGGUAAAUGGACUAAAGUGGGUUUGGUCAUCUUUGACUCGUCUGUACCAAUCGGCGCGACCCCGGAGUACCUGGCUGGUCAUUACAUGCUGCAGGGAGCCUCCAGCUUUCUGCCGGUGAUGGCGCUCUCGCCGCAGGAGGGAGAGCUGGUGUUGGACAUGAGCUCAGCUCCUGGAGGGAAAACCACCUACAUCGCUCAGCUGAUGAGAAACACCGGAGUGAUUGUUGCUAACGAUGCAAAUAAAGAAAGACUGAAGAGCGUGGUGGGAAACAUUCAUCGUCUCGGAGUCACAAACACAGUGGUCUGCAACUACGAUGGCCGCCAGUUCCCAAAGGUGAUGGGUGGGUUUGAUCGAGUGCUGCUCGAUGCGCCGUGCUCGGGGACCGGAGUCAUCGCUAAAGACCCAGCAGUGAAAACCAGCAAGGACGAGGUGGACAUUCAGCGCUCUGCUCAUUUACAGAAGGAACUGAUUCUGUCUGCUAUCGACUCGGUGAAUGCAGCGUCUCCUACCGGAGGGUAUCUGGUCUACUGCACAUGCUCGAUAACGGUGGAGGAGAACGAGUGGGUGGUGGACUACGCUUUGAAAAAAAGAAACGUCAAAUUAGUUCCAACGGGGCUGGACUUCGGGAAGGAGGGUUUCACCAGUUUCAAACAGUUCAGAUUCCAUCCUUCUCUGCGGCUCACGCGACGGUUUUACCCGCACUCCCACAACAUGGAUGGGUUCUUUGUGGCCAAGUUUAAAAAGUUCUCCAAUGUAAUUCCUUCUGCUGCUGCUGGGAAAGGAGACGAGAAGACUGAUGCGGCUGAGGCUACAGAAGCCGCCGAUUCUGACAAAGCCUCCCAGACGAAGGCUGACGGCUCGAAGCAGAACGCCAAAACAAACGGGGCGCCAGCCAAGAAAUCAGGAAACCUCAAGUCAGCAGAAAAAAAGGACCUAAAGGCUGGACCAAAGAAGGCAAAGAUCGCCAGGAUGGAAGUAAAGACUGAGAAAGGGACAGAGGUUAAAAAGUCCUUCAGUGGGCCCAAGGUGUCCACAGCUAACAAAGGAGGAAGCAAGUUUGAGAAGAAGCAAGGCAAAAAGACAAAACCGUCCAUGAAGAACAAGAACAGAACGGGAAAGAAUAAAUUCAAGAAGAUGAAGCCCAAGUGGCAAAAGCAAAAUAAAAAGUGAUGUUCAAACAUUUUAAAUGACAAAACACUUUGUAGAGUUUUUUUACACACCCAGCUACACACCUGUAUUGUGUCUGUCCUUUCAGAGUCAUGUUUAAUGGGUUUGGCUAUCUUCUAAUUAUUAAGACUUGCUGGGUUUUCUUUGAUAAACCAUCUGUGGGUGUGUUGCAGCUGAAAACAAAAGUAAUGAAACAAUAAAUCUUUUAAGAGAUUUUUUUCUGUUUA